CAUCGACGUGUAGUAGAAGAUCGAUAGUAUCGUUUGAUUGUAAGCCAACACAACUUGUCAUGGACUUGUCUUGGAUAAAUAUUGGAGUUUGAUAAAUUAUUGGCUUGUUGUGGGUGGUGGUGGUGGUUCGAUCAUGACAAGAAGGACAGGUUUUGCAGUAGGGUUACGGGAAACAUUGUAUAACUUGACGAUGAGAAGAAAUUCUGUCUAUGUCACGUUUUUGGUUAUUGGAGGCUUUGCAGCAACUAAGUUUAUGGGUGCAGCUUCCGAUUAUGUAUGGGAAACCUACAAUAAAGGGAAGCUAUUCAAAGACUUGGAAAAGUCUCUAGCAGCUCGAGAGGAAUAGUGUACAAGGACCGUGAGUUACCAUAAACCCUUAUAAGUGCCUGUUAUUCAACACAAAGUUCCUUCUCGUUUCAGUGGAUAUAUCCAAAUAAAGGCAACUUGUUAGUUAGACAAGGAUAACCCGGUAUUUUCACUUUAUGAA